AUGAAUACACCAAUAUACUCGUUUGGACAUGCCCCAGUAACAGAAUAUAACAAUUCUGAGAAUGAGGACGAAACUAAAAUGGAUGACGAAUCAUUUCAUCAAAUAGUUCUCAAUUAUGAACGAGAAUACGAUAUGCAACAGCUUUUUCAAGUAAUACGAAAUACUCAACCGAUGGCUGAUACUUUUGCUACUUUAAUGAUGCAACAACUAAAUCUUUUGGUAGAUGGCAUCACAGAAAUUAACAAUAAUAAUCAUCAUCACUGUGAUGAAAUUCAAGAGCAACGUCACACAUCAUCUUUAACCAAUUUUUAUUAUCCUUAUCCACCUAUCAACCAAACAGGUCCUAUUGCUGAACAUGAUCGUCCAUAUGCCGAGUAUUAUCAUUUAAAUCGAGCAACUAUUGCUAAAGUAUUUCACUUUCAAUUGCAAUCAACAAAUUCAGAUGAACGACCAUUUCGAUUGGAAAGUAAAAUGUUUGCUAUUACGUCAUGCACAAAUGUAUCGAAAGAGAGAGUAAAGGAUAAAAUUAUACAAGUAUUUGGUAUUCAUAAUAUUCAAUAUAUUUGUGUUGGUGAAGAUAUCAAUGAAUUUAAUCAUCAACGAUAUUUACUGAUACAAAUUAUUUUUAAAAAAAAAAUCUGUAGGAAAAACCGCUUUCUUGAUUUGAUUACUCGAACAUUUUGUAACUAUCAAGUCACACAUCAUGCUUGCGCAUGGAAUGAAUAUAUUAAGCGAGCCUUGAAUUUCAUUGAAUAUGGUACAUUUAAAUCUACAAGAUCGUGUAAACAAAAACAAUGGUCAACUGUGUUGUCAUCGUCAUGGUUGGCAAAGUUGCCAGCUUCUACUCCAGUCAUUCACCAUCAACAGCACAUGCCAAAAGCAACAACAACUACCAAAUCAGACGAAGAAGAAAGACGUCGAUGUGAAAAUACAAUAGCACAACAAGCUUUUAAAAUAGCAGAGACUAGUAUUGAUAGUGCCAUAGAUUUUAUUCGUUAUUCAAUACCAAUGUUAUUCCUUCAGAGUAGCUCUUGGUAUUUAGAAAUACUCAAAUAUAUUCAUUUACGGGCAGAAAUGGAAGCCGAUCUAGAAGGUAAUAUUAAUAAAGAAUAUUUAUGGCCUGUUUCAUUUCCUGAGUGUACAAAUCGACUACGAGAAAUCAUACAUCGGUGGAUUCGACAUCAAUUCAGUCGUGUUAAACAAGCCAAAUGUCUCAUACUCAUCGGACUUCCUGAUACUGGCAAGACAUCGUUCGCUCUUUCCUUACCUGGACGUGUUAAUUAUUUUCAAGGACAAUGGAAUUCAGACAAUUGGAGUGAUUAUGCUCGUUAUUCUGUCUAUGAAAAUAUUCCAUGGGAUGAAUUCUAUGAGUUCAAUUAUCCAAAUAAAGAGCAACUUCUAACGCAAUCUGGAAAGAUACUUGCAACCAAUAGAUGGCGAUCAACAAUACAAAUUAAUGUUCGACAACCAGCCAUUGUUCUUUUGAAACCUGAAGAGGCAGGUUCUUUACUAACAAUACCAGUCACUGAUCAUGAACGACAAUUAGCUGACUAUUGGAAACAAAAUGCUUGUGUCUAUAUUAUGGGACCACAUGAGUACUUUUUGAAACCUCAACAUCGAACUCUUGGUAACAACGAAGUCCAUUGA